UCCUCUCGUCCUCCACCUCAUCGCCGGACGGCUGAUUGACAGGCGUCAGUGUCCUCGCCCUCCUUUGACUUUACGGUCUGUCCGUCCGUACGCGUCUCCGUCCUCUUCACGAGUGUAAUCUGUCCUCUUAUUACAGGCGGUCUUCAUCUCCAGCAUCUGCAUCAUCUCGUCACCAUGAAGCUGCUGACUCAGACUGUCCUUCUGUGUGGCGUCAUGGUUCUGACCGGAGCGGCUGCUCUGCAGGAGGAAACGCCCGGACAAGAACCCAGAGAGCGCCACCUGGUCAAGAGGUCCACGUACUGCUGCGCCGGCUGGUUCCCGUUCCACGGGCGCUGUUUCCGUUACAACCCGACAGCGUUGUCGUGGGCGGCGGCCGAGAGGAGCUGCCAGGCCCUGGGGGGGAACCUGGCAUCCAUUCACAACCUGCUGGAGUACCACGCCGUCCAGUACGUGGUCAUGAGGGCCUGUCACCGCAACAGACCCACAUGGGUCGGAGGCUCCGACGCACAGGAGGAGAAGAAAUGGCUGUGGACCGAUGGUUCUCCGUUCGACUACGUCUUCUGGUCCGCUGGGGAGCCCAACAACCACGGCGGCAAGCAGCAUUGCUUACGCAUGAACCACGGCGGCGAUCUGGCCUGGGAUGACGUGCAGUGUUGGGUCAAGGCCCCGUCUGUCUGCGCCAAGAGGUCCUGAUGCCUGGACUGACGUGAGGCCUCCCGGCCAGGACGGAGGCUUCCAAACACACCUGGUUUCAUUCGUAACUCUUCUUUUCUACCGCUGUAACGCUACUUAAGGAACGACGCGACACGUGACGUGAGCUGGAUGGUGUCUGAGGCCUCGAGCCUCCACAAGGGUGGUUCAUGGGAGGAAUGCUUAUAGCACGACCUCACAUGUGUUCUACAUGUGUAAGCUGUCCUUCUUUCUGCCUUAAUAAAAAGCUCAAGCAUUGAAA